AAAAAAGGUAUUUGAAGAGUCAUUGAGCAAUGAAAAGGUACCAGUAAUGUGGUCAUGCUGAUACAAGGACAAAAAAUAAGUGCAAAUGUCCCUCAAGCAAGAGGGAAGACGGUGUUGAAAUGUCUGCCAGUUUUAGUGUGCCUUGUUAACAAAAUUCAAAAUCGAGCAACCACAAUACUGCAUGACAGUGACAGUUGACUCAAUAAAUAUAAACCACUGUAAAUCAGCUUUAAUUUUAAUCACAUAUAAAAAUAAGUUGACACCAUUGUAAGUCGACAUUCUAAUAAAAUAAGUUGAUACCAUGGCAGCUCGACAUACGAUUGGCAUGAAAUAAAAUGACAGCUGGGUUACACAACCACCAAACCGAAUAGAAAAUAUAGACAUGUAAUACGCAACUCUACUAACAUGGACGAAUAAAUAAAUAAAAUCAAACAAACCUGUCUUAGUUUAUAUAUUUGUCAUAUUUCCGUCAGUACUGUAAUAUUGUCGCUCGAUUACUUUAACCGACAUUUGUCCGUCCAACACUCAGGCCGGCAGGAAACAUGUUGUAAAAACUGCUGUCCUCAUUUAAACCCCCCCCCCCCCCCCCCCCCAAAAAAAACACUGUACAAAACAUUAAAAUUUUCUGAUUGCAAAAACGCGUAUAAACAUAGAUAUUUACUUUGAAAAAUACACUUGAUUGGCUAUUAUUUGCUAUACAGCGCUGGAAGCGUGUUUGUCUUAGCAAAGCUUAGGUUUGUGUUACUGUCGAACAUAUUUGGCUGUCACACAAAGCGGAAGUCGCUAUUUCUGCCUGGGUUUGGCGCAUGGGUUAGAUUUUUUUUAACAUGUGAGCGUUUGUCCAUCCACAAAACACGCGAAUGUGAACAUUUUAUCCGCUUUUGACGCGUUUACUCGUUCACCUUACACGACAGAAGCAACAUUACACGCGUGCCAUAGUAACCUACUCAUGACGUUGAGACGACAGCAACCGCGUGGAUGCUAACCAACUGCUCACCGAAUUUAAUUUACACAGUGUUCAAAUGAAAGUUGUUGUAAUGUCGAAGGUGAAGCCGAAGAAAAAGAAGCAGCUCUCCUCCGAAACAGGAAAAGACAAUUCUGUGAAAAAGAAAAAGAAGUACCGGAUACGAAUGAAGUUAAAAAAGAAAGCCAAGGAGGAAAAAAAGGCCCCAAGUCAGCUCACAAGACCUCCAAAAGAUGCCAAACUUUUUUCUUCCAACUGGAAAGCAUUACAAGAGAUUUUAAAGUCCAAUCAGAUGACUGCAAUUGAGCCAAAGACACCCCAACAACAACCUAGCGGUCCUCAGCAAGAAAAGAAAAACAAAGCAUCCAAAAAUGUACUUCAGAACAAUAUCUCCUCCAGUAAGACUGAUUCAGAACAAAAAGUCAAACACAAAAGUGUUGACUCUCAGGCUAAAAUUCCCGUUGUAACCGACGCAAAUCAGUCAGCUGCAUCUAAAAGGAAAAACGCGUUUAAAGCAAACGGCCAAGCAGCCAAGAAGCAGAAAGUCGAGGCGAAGGAGUCCAAACCUACAGAGGAGGACAUUUGGUUUGAUGACGUGGAUCCUGACGACAUCGAGGCGACGGUGGGGGCGGAGGCAGCAGAGAUCAUGAGGAAGAGGCAAGGCUUUCACAAGAAAGACACGAACUACACGCUGGUCAAGGAGAAUGCUUUUCAGGGUCUGACCAGAGCAGUCGCCAUCGACUGCGAGAUGGUAGGCGUCGGUCCCGACGGCGAGGACAGCAUCUUGGCGCGCGUGUCUCUCGUCAACCAGUUCGGGAAGUGCGUCUAUGACAAGUUCGUCAAGCCAAGCGAGAAGGUGACCGACUACAGGACGGCUGUCAGCGGCAUCCGGCCACAGGACAUCAAAGAUGGAGAGAACAUAGCGACGGUGCGGACGGAAGUUGCCGAGAUCCUGAAGGGAAGAAUAGUGGUUGGCCACGCCCUACAGAAUGACUUCAAGAUCUUGCUCCUGGAUCACCCAAAAAAGAAAAUACGAGACACCCAGAAGUAUAAACCCUUCAGGAAAACUGUCAAGACGAACCGACCUUCGCUGAAAUUACUUUGUAAAGAAAUACUCAACGUCAAUGUCCAGCAGGGCGAACAUUCCUCCGUCCAGGAUGCGCAGGCCACCAUGAGGCUGUACACGCUGGUGAAGAAACAGUGGGAGGCCGACAUCAAAAACAGCGCGGACGAGAAACGCGAAAAGCGCAAGCCCAAGUCUCCCAAGAACGCGAGCAAGCGUCGUGUCGCGGGUUUGUCCUUUUAAAGUGAAAGAGAUGCACUCUUUACUUCAACAAAGACUCUUUUUAGUACUCCUUGGAACCUAAAAGUGACUGAAAAGAAUUUUUGAUGGGAUUAAGCGGGAUAUAAACAAAGAAAAAAUCACCAACUGAGCAAUAUCUUCAGCUUCCGUGGAGGAAAACAAGCCAAACAAAAUGCGUGGAUAGAACAGAGAGGCAUUCUGGGAUAUCUUCCAUAUACGUACAUACUUGGUUUCCUGAAUGUUUACAUAAACGUCAGGAGACUUCAGUGUUCUACAUUUACAUGCAUUUCAGUGAACCUCGAAUCUUCGCUAAUGGCUGUGGUUUUGUGGAACGUUUUCCCUUAAUUGGGUGUCCAACUUGGUUUGUUAUGUUCAUUUGCUGGUUGCCUUGAGUUGCACGGUGUCUGUACAGUUUGAAUAAAAUAUAAAUCAAAAGUCA